AUGGUCACAGUAUCCCAAGUGCACAACCAGUACUGCUCGUAUCUGGAGGCAUUGUACCUCUACUUCCUCUCGGUGCCGGCAUCGCGCCCCGGCGCCGCUCCGCUUCCCGGACUACUCCUCGACGUCUAUCUGGUUCGCCAGGCCAGGCGUGCAGCGCAGAUGCUGGCCGACGCGUACAGGAAUCGCCUGCAAUACGAAGACUGCCAGGAUCCGCUUACCAUUGCUGACAAUCAGGGCCGGGUGCUGAUGUGGCACCUUCCCGGCGUGAUCACGGAGGUCUUCCAGAGAGCGAUAUGGCAAGCCACGAUCGGUCUCAAUCCACUUCUCUCCCAGAAUCGCCCCAAGGCGAGUGCAAGCUGGAGGGAAAAUAUCGAGAAUUUCCGGGAGCCGCAGGAGGGGGACGACCUUAAGCCGGCGUGUGUCGCGUUUUCGCCGGGGUGGUUCUGGCUCGGACACGCUGUACGUCUCCGGAUAGACUUCCCGAAUUGUUCGCUCAAAGUUUAG